AUGUGCUGGGGGGUGCAUGAGCAGGACUUGAAUAUCAAUGACCGGAUAUCGACGGCCCCGAAGCAGAGAAUAAGCGUGUACUGCAUAGCGGAGAGCCUGGAUCGCAAGAUGCUGGAGAAGAAACUGGAGGCCAGGGGGCCCAGGUGGCUUGUCAGCAGAUAUCCUGAUGUCCUGUAUGGCCAGUACUCCUCUCUGGAGUCAGAACAACCGACAGGGGACAUCUUCUAUUUUGACUACGGCUGUGUCUCCUUCUGGAAUCUCACACCCAAGCAGGAGCAAGAUGUGCUCAAAAACCUGGUGGUGCCGUGCGAAGUGGACCCCUUGCCAGUCAGGGAGGUAGAAAUCGACGAGUUUGAUGUCAAGUACACAGCCAACGAGGGAGGUGGCCACAUCCAGAACGACACCAUCACUCUCAAUUACAGGCUAUCUGGUGAUCACUCCAUCAAGCUGUCCAUUUCGUACGCGCUGUCGCAGUCGACAAAGCUCUGUGUUUUCGAGGAGCGGGUGCUCGAGAUUGUAGCCUCCACCAAGGACCUACCUGAGUCCCUGGCUUCCACCGGCAAGGUCACCAUGUCCAGGAAAGCCAUCGCCCAGCUGAUCGGCAAGGUAUUCAUCCAGCGCGCGGCGGUGAAUUUGCUGAGCACGGUUCUGGACACGCCGGAGUUCUUCUGGAGCGCGCCGGACAUCAUGCAGACGCUGUACAAACGCAUCUGCGAGUACAUGGAGCUCGAUGACCGCGUUGAAGUCCUCAACAACCGCUUCUCGGUGCUGGGAGAAAUGCUCGACAUGUUGCGAACCCACCAGAACAACAGCCACACUGCGCGGCUGGAGUGGAUUGUGAUCUGGCUCAUUGUCAUUGAGAUCGUGAUUGGCGUCUUUGAGUGCGCCUCCAUCCUCGGGUGGAUUGGACACCCUGUGUAGCCGGCAGCCGUGCCUUGCAGUGAUAACCUCCGAGACAUGGAGCAUGCAAGACACUGCCUUUAAGCCCUGCAUGCUUUCAUGCUGCUUGCCACUUGGAUGGUGGGUAGGCAGUGUAAUGUCCAUUAUCUGCUGCAGCGCCGGCCACAGCCUUAGUAGCGUGAAUAAUCGUUGUUUUGACUCCCUUAUGGGUCAAGGCCUUAUUUAGCUGGAGCAGCUUUGAGACUCCUUGGCCUAGUGUCAUGAUCUAUUUGAUUACCAUAUGUAAUGUAUGAGUAAAUUGUGGUCUUGCGCC